CAAACAAAGAGAUCCUCAGAAUCUGCAAUAAAGAAAAAAAAAUGUAUUCUGAGAAAGAAGGGUAGCAGAUUUCUGAGUGCAGAUGGAGAAGCAAAGGCAGAUGGAAAGUUGCCUUAGAAUAUUGCAAAUUCCCCUCUUUUGUUCUCUCCUAAAAAUCUUUCCUGUAUUUCUUAACUUUUGAGUAAUUGAACUGUUAUAUUUCCUUAGGAGUCUCUCAAACUAGACUAUGAAUUGGUAUACUUACUCAUUUAUACAAUUGACAACCAGAAAAAGAAGGGGUGUAGAGAAGCUUUAGACCUCAGAGUUGCAAAAGCUUUUGGUCCUGAAAGAUUUUAUAACUGUUUACUUUCGGCUGUUCAUAUUCCCAUUAGGUAAAUUUCCUAGCAUCUCCAGUUUACAACAAAGAGUCCAAAACUCAGAAAGUGACUUAUCGAUACCUCUCCUGGACAAGCCCAGCACUAAGCAUAGCAUAGCAGGGACUGAAUAAGAGUGACAGUAGAGUUUUUGAAGCUGGUGAGACAGAAGAAUAUAUAAAAUUUAUAAAGCUAUAAUGUAAGGUAGACAGAAGAAUGGAACAAAGGAGAUACAAGUCUACAUCUGUGAGCAGUAUGGGGGAGGCACCUCUGUUGACAAUGAGUGGUCAAACAUGCAUGGAGGAGGGCAUCCUUGGGCCUCAGUCCUGGAAGAUGGAUUGAAUGGGUAUAUUCAUACAGUCUGGACAACCUUUGGGAGCUGGUGAGCAGCAGGUCAAACAUAGAUGACAGCAAGUAAACUGAUCUGUGUGUCUUGAGGUAUAAGAAAGAUAAUUUUAAGAAUUGAGGCAAAAAAUAUUGAGAGAAAUACUGACUAUAGAGGGUUUUUAAUUCUAGGCAGAGUUUGGAUUUUAUCAUUUGAUAAUGAGUGAUCAUUUAACAAUUCUAAUAGGAACAAUGCAUUUUCAGAUUUGCGUUUAAAAAUAUUAGUUCUACUUUAGAGAUGAAUAGAGAGUGGCAAGAUAUUUAUUAGGAGGCCUUUAUUAUGCUAUACUCAUGUGAUAUCUUGAGUCUAAAGAGUGGAACUGCAGGUGGAGUGAAAUGGAGGAAGGUGCUGACAGAGGCACUUGGGAUUUGGUCUUUUCAUCAGGUCUUACUUGGUUUAAUGUAGUAGGUAAAGCAAAAGAAGAAAUCAAAGUUACAUUUAGAUUUAAAAUCUCAAUCUUGGGCACAAUGAUGAUAUUGUUCAAAGAGAUAGUGAACACAGAUGAAAAGCAAUUCUGUGGUGUAGAGAAAUGAUUAUUAACCCCAUGGCAUUUAGAAGCUAGAAACGAUUUGGUUAUAAAAUAAAUUAUUAAAAACUUACUUUAAUCAAAUUAAAUUAGUCAGAGAGCAAAGUGAUGCCUCAAGCUAAAUGGAUAAAAGAAUGAAAAAGUGGAUGGUAAUAUAAAAGUCUAAUGCACCUUGAUGAAUGUCUAGAAGAUUAUCUCCAUGAAUCAACAUUUCCCUGUCCAUUUAUCUUUUGUCCAGAUGAAUGGAUAAAAUAAUUUAACUGAGAGACUGUAUAGGAGCAGGGAAACUGAGAGUAGUGGAAGUUCGUUAACAUGAAAGAAUGCAAAGAGGAAAUUGUUAUUGUUUGUGAAUAAGUGAUUUCCUCAGGAAGAGAGCAUAAUUGUUGAAAAAGUAGUAAUUGGAAAGAAGAGUUUUUGUCUUAGGUCUUGAACAAAUUGAUACCCAUGAAUUGAAGAGUUCAAAGCUUUAAAUGUGACAAAGAGCCCAAUAGAGGCAGGUGAAAAGGAGGGCAAAUGGACCUGUCUUGCCAGCCAGAUAAGCUGAGACAACCCAGGCCAUUCAUGAAAUCUUGGUAAGAAGGAGAGGCAAGGAUAAAUAGUCUGGUGAACUAAUGUAUUAAUGCAAUAAAUUAUGGGACUUGAUAGUAUGUGAGGGUCUUAAAAUGUUAGGCAGAAACCAUGGAUAAAACUGUAUAUUUGUCUUCUUUACAGGAUAGUGGCCCUAGAAUCUAAGCAGGAGUUCCAGCAUGAGAGGUAAUUCCCACAACAGCUCAGGGUUUCCUCAUUUCAUCUUGACAGGACUCCCUGGGCUGGAGACCUCUCAACACUGGUCUUUUUUGCUCCUUGGUGCUCUCUACAUUGUCUCCAUUGUGGGCAAUGCCCGUAUCCUUUUCAUUAUCAAGAAGGAGUGGAGCUUGCACCAGCCCAUGUACUACUUCCUAUCCUUGCUCUCAGUUAAUGAUCUAGGUGUGUCUUUUCCCACACUACCCACGGUUCUGGCCACAUUUUCCUUCCACUUAAGGGAGAUCAACUUUUAUUCUUUGGCUCAAAUGUUCUUUAUCUGUCUCUUUUCCUUUGUGGAGUCUGGCAUCCUGCUGGCCAUGAGCUUCGACCGCUAUGUGGCCAUCUGUAUCCCGCUGCGCUAUGCCACAGUGCUCACUGAUGCCCGUGUGGUGCAUAUGGGCAUGUCCAUUAUUAUCCGCAGUUUCUGCAUGGUUUUCCCACUACCUUUCCUUCUGAAGAGAUUACCCUUCUGCAAGGCCAAUGUCUUCUCCCAUGCCUACUGCCUGCAUCCAAAUCUGAUCUGCCAGCCCUGUGGUGACAUCACCAUCAAUUGUAUGUAUGGUCUAUUCAUCGUCAUCUUUACCUUUGGCCUGGAUUCUGCCCUCAUCCUCCUCUCCUAUGUGCUCAUACUCUGCUCUGUACUUGCCAUAGCCUCCCGGGAGGAGCGAUUAAAGACUCUUAACACCUGUGUGUCACACAUGUGUGCUGCGCUCAUCUUCUAUGUGCCCAUGGUGUGUGUGUCUAUGGCUGCUCGGUAUGGGAGGCAUGCCCCAUGGUAUGUACACACACUCAUGUUCCUUAUCUAUCUCUUUGUGCCUCCGAUGCUCAACCCUGUCAUCUAUUCCAUUAAAACCAAACAGAGUCGUCAGAGGCUUUGCAAAAUACUACUGGCAACCAGGAUUUGAGCAGGAGACUUGUUGAAAAGAAGAGAUUCAGAGGAUGUUUAUCCUUACUCCGCAAAUUUGAGUUUUCAAGACCUGCUUCAACAGGGCAUUUUAAAUAUCCUUCAGGGCACUGACCUUCCAUUAGGAUUCCAGCUAUCAGUUGUUGCAUCCUGGCAACAGUUAAGUCUAAACCUAACAGGUUUUGCCAAGUUAAAUUGGGCUAUAAUUUUUUUUAAAAAGUGUUUGCUCAAUUUCCUUCUUUUUAAAUCCAAGAAUAUGCAUUCUCAUAAUUAAUCCUUCAUCUUGUCACAAUAUGUUGCUAUUAUCUUUUGUUUAAUGUGAAUCAUCAGAAAGGAAAUUACUGAUUACCAUGGAGACACUGUCGUAAUGGGGGAAAGGAUUCUUUUGCCAAGUAUUAUGUCAAAGAGAUAUUAGUUAAAAUCACACACACACAUACACACACACACACACCCCCCACAACCCAAUAACUAUGCAUGCCACUGUUUAUUUCAUAUAACAUGCACCAUCCACUUAGUGUUUAAAAAUGAUAUAAGUGUAAUUGCAUGUAAAUUAUAUUAAAUUAUUUAAAAUUAAUAUUAAAAGUUGGUGAAGUUUGUAGGAUAAUUUAUAUUGUAUGUCUGUGUGUAUAGUAACAGAGAAUUAAGAAAAUAAUAAAGUAGGAAGACUAUUUGGUCAAACAUGAAAUACAUAUAUAUAUAUUUAGAGAGAGAUGUACAUAUAUAUGUA